GUUUCAACGUCUUAUUAUCUGAGUAUAUAAUAACUUAUGACAACAAGGUGUUAGCUGUAUAUUAUUCCAUGCUCAUCCAAUGAGAAAACAUUUUUGUAUUACGUGAUAAAUAAAUCAUAUGGGUUCUUGAUUAGGUUUCAUCUGCCACUUCACUUUAGGGAGAACAAUGGCAGCUAUGCUCUACGUUGACUUUCAAAACUUCUUCAUCUUGAUCCUCCUCUGCUUCCUCUCACUCCUCUCUUAUUCUCUCUUCUUCAAGAAACCUAAAGACUCACCAAGAUUUGAUCUUCUGCCUCCGAGCCCUCCUUCUCUUCCGAUCAUCGGUCAUCUUCACCUUCUCCUUUCUUCUCUAACCCACAAGUCUCUUCAGAAACUCUCCUCCAAGUAUGGACCUCUCCUCCACAUCCGCAUCUUCAACAUCCCCAUCAUUCUCGUAUCCUCUGCCUCUGUGGCCUACGAGAUCUUCAAGUUCCACGAUGUGAACGUCUCAACUCGCGCUCUUGUUGCCAUUGAUGAGUCUCUCGUGUUUGGAUCUUAUGGCAUCAUCAACGCUCCCUAUGGAGAUUACUGGAAGUUCAUGAAGAAGCUCAUCGCCACUAAGUUGCUCCGACCAGAUUCACUCGAGAGGUCACGUGGUGUCCGUGCUGAAGAGGUUCAGAGAUUUCACAAAAGUCUUCUCGAAAAGGCGAGGAAGAAUGAGAGCGUUGAGAUCAGUAAAGAAGCGAUGAAGCUUAUGAACAACACAUUGUGUAGAAUGAGCAUGGGAAGGAGUUUUUCAGAGGAGAACGGUGAGGCGGAGAAAAUCAGAGGUUUGGUGGGUGAAUCAUAUGCCUUGACAAAGAAGAUGUUCUUGGCAGCUUUGUUGCGAAAACCACUCAAGAAACUUGGAAUCCCGUUAUUCAAAAAGGAGAUCAUGAGUGUUUCUGACAGACUUGAUGAGCUGCUAGAGAGGAUUCUUGUGGAACGCAGAGAGAAGCUGGAGGAGAACCAUGAAGAUGGUGAUAUGAUGGAUGUGUUGUUAGCAGCUUAUCGAGACGAAGAAGCAGAGUAUAAGAUCACUAGGAAUCAUAUCAAGGCGUUUUUCGUGGAGCUAUUUGUUGGAGCAACUGAUACCUCAGUGCAAACAACUCAAUGGACAAUGGCAGAGAUUAUAAAUAAUCAUAACGUUCUUGAGAUGCUGAGGGAGGAGAUCGAUUCGGUUGUAGGGAAAGCAAGGUUGAUUCAAGAAACAGAUUUACCAAAUCUUCCUUAUUUGCAAGCAGUGGUUAAGGAAGGGUUAAGACUACACCCGCCUGGCCCUCUCAUUGUAAGGACGUUCCAAGAAAGAUGUGAGAUCAAAGGGUUUUGCAUACCAGAGAAAACAACACUUGUUAUCAAUGCUUAUGCUGUGAUGAGAGAUCCUGAUUCUUGGGAAGAUCCUGACGAGUUUAAGCCUGAGAGGUUUCUAAGUCCUAGAGAAGACGAGAAAGAGCUAUCAUUUAAGUACCUUCCUUUUGGCAGCGGAAGGAGAGGAUGUCCUGGAGGAAAUCUAUCUCAAAUAUUUGUAGGAACCGCGAUAGGAGUGAUGGUGCAAUGCUUUGAAUGGAAAGUCGAAGGAGGUAAGGUCAACAUGGAAGAGUCUUUUGAAGGAAUGAACCUAAGCAUGGUGCAUCCGCUUAAGUGUUUUCCAGUUGCUAGACCUCAAAACUCUUUCUUUUACUUGUAAUCUCUAGAUUCUCAGCUCCUGGCACUCCACCCGAGAACAUGGAGUUUGCUUUCAUAUGUAUCAGUUCAUCUUCUUCAAAGACAUUCAAUAAAAUUGUGUCUUUAUUGUAUCUGAAAAUCUAACAAUGAUAUAAAUAAAAUUGAGAUGGCAAAAUAGCAAGGCAUCAUCAUUGGUGAAGAUCUCGUAGGCCAUAGAGGCAGAGGAG